AAAUGAAACGACUGGUGAUGGGGUACAUCCUCCCGGCCAGACUGAUUGUGGACCCUUUGACUGAGGUGUCACUCAAUGAAGAACACCAGCUGCCAAAUACUGAGCUCUUCGUCGGAUCUGAGGCUACAGCAUUAAUUGUGAAUGAAGACCUCUCCACAGCGAGAAUCUAUAAGACAGCCAGGGCCUUCUACGUUGAAACCAUUAGGAAGAUGCUGAAGGUUUUCCCUCUUGAUUCCGAGCUGCUGAAGGCGCUAACCGUGCUUGACCCAGCCUCUCGCCUGGAUCUCUCACCAGUGACAGUGACAAGGCUAGGUGAGAUGCUUCCUCAACUAAGGCUUGAUCCAGAUAAACUGAGGGAGGAGCUAAUAGACUACCAAGUUGCUGACAAGAAGGAAUUGCCACAGGAGCGGAAAGUGGACAGAUUCUGGGGCCUAUUAGGGAAACAACAGUGCUUUAGUGAGAUAGCUAGGCUUAUGAAAGCAUUAUUGUGUAUUCCCCAUAGCAAUGCCUCCUCAGAAAGAACCUUCAGCAUGGUAAGGAAGAUAACUACAGAGAACAGGUCAAGUUUGAGCAAUAGUACUCUGUGCUCUUUUUUGUCCUGCAAGAUAAACUACACCAAACCUGCUCACAAGUAUGCCCCUUCUAAAAAUGUUCUAAAAGCGGCUAAGUCAGCCACCUACUUGUACCUACAUGCGUCUACAAAAGAAUAGGCACACUUGCAAUACACACUGUCAGAAGACAUACAAUGUAUACAAUCAAGGGCAUAAUCAGUAGCCUACAAUAAGUGCGGAUGUAAAAUUAAAGUUUUUUCCUAUGAUGUCAUUGUCAUUUUGUUAUUGUGCCAUGUUAUUUUGCUCUUACUUAAUUUUUUAAUAAAUGUUGGAAUGUGGAUCAA